AUGCACCAAAGAACUGCAGGGUUAGCAGUAUUAGCCUUCACAUAUUCAAUUCUUAUUGUAGCUAGUUGCACAUUUUAUGCUUUAACAGGAUCGGAUACGGGUAGUUAUUACUGGUCAUGGCUUUUGCUAAGUCCUGUAGCGUUGUGGGUUUGGGUAGUAGCAGAUUGGGUUGCUGUGGAGAUGUUCAGCACAGCUUAG